AUGUUCCCCAACAGAGCAUGCGCCGCUCACUACCUUUCUCUUUACAUCAUUGCCACAAAUAGACAGAGCGUUUUAGAAGUAUAGAACUUGUUCAGUUUUGACAUUAAAGGUAAGUACAGCUACUGAAGCCUAGUUAUACUUUAGGCCAAGAUAGAUGAACUAGUGUCACUCAUAUCGUGCGUCAUAUGUCCGUGCCACGAGAAUUUUAUUUUCCUAGUAUUGUGUUAUGUACAGUAAGUUUCUGAGUAAAAUAGCAUGCCCUAGGUUACAUAUAAUACUGACUUGGUUAAUCAAUGAGUGGUCCAGCUUUCACGAUAUAGGCCUUCAUGAAUUACAUGUCAUUUGCCGAUUUAGUCGGUGCGGGCAGCUGCGAUGGUGUUUUGGCCAAAAGACUCUCCGAAGAUGCUGGAAAAUUCAUUUUGGUUCUUGAGACCGGUGCCGAUGACCAGGAAAAUCCAGACAUUGCCGUUCCUGGAAAUCUAGGCAAGCUUCAAAGCACAAGUUUUAAUUGGGGCUACAGAUCUGUCUCACAAAAGGGGUCGUUUAAAGGUUAUGAAGAGCAGUGUAACAUCGGCGAUGGCGUUCGUCAGAGUUCGGCCGAGAGCUACCUGCGGCCUGCGUCAGGAAGGGACAACCUGCAUAGCUUACACAGUCACGUCACCAAGCACACCAUCUUGAAUUUCAGCAUAAAGGCGUAUGGAAACAUGAUAUGGAUACGUCUUCUUGUGCUAUAUGCUAUACGUAUUAAUUUUAAAAUUGCCCGAGCCGUAGAAUUUGUCCGGAAUGGCCAAAAACAGCUCGUCCCAGCACGGCGGGAAACUCUCUUGUGUGCAGGAGUUAUUGGUUCCCCACAGAUAUUGAUGUUGUCAGGCAUUGGUCCAUGGGCACAUAUGCAGGAUUUGGGGAUUCCCGUGCAGGCAGACCUCCCUGUAGGAGAUAAUUUACAAGACCAUUGCGGAACUUUUGGUAUGGAGUUUGAAAUAAACGAACCGUACUCUGUGCGGGAAACACAGGAAAAUGAUAACCUAUACAACACCCUUAAAGCAGGAUGUUUGAGAACAACCGUCGCAGAGGCCAUCGGUUUGGUCCUGAGUGAUGUGCAGGAUCCUGGAAAUCCAAAUCCGGAUUUAAUGCUCUUUUUUGGCACAUUUUGCUUGGGUCAUUCAGAAAAUUCUACAUUCAAGGCAGACUCCGGCAUCGUAUGCAUUGUAAGUAAAACUUUUCAAAUAUAUCCGUACAAGGUUUUUGAGGCCAUGUUCGGUGGAAACAUGGGAAAAAAAAGUUUUCUGAUCAAUCCCAAUGUGACCCACCCAAAGAGUCGAGGGACAAUCCGAUUGGCUAGCACUGACCCCUUCGCCCCGCCCCUGAUCGACCCCAAUACAUUUUCUCAUCCAGACGACAUCAAGGUUUUGGUUGAAGGCCUGAAAAUCGUCCUGAAAUUUGGCCAGAACAAAGCACUGAGGACCAUUGGAUGUAAAUUUAGAUCCCGAGUUCUACCAGGAUAUAAAGGGACUCCAUAUACUGACGAGUAUUGGGAAGAGUUAGCUCGAACUUUGACCCUCAACACGUAUCACCCUGCUGGAACAUGUAGGAUGGGGCGCGUGCGUGACGUCACAACAGUUGUAGAUCCUCAGCUGUGUGUGAAGGGAAUCGACCGCUUGCGUGUUGUGGAUGCCUCCAUCAUGCCGGAAAUUACGUCAGCAAAUCUCAACGCCACCUGCUUUAUGAUCGCAGAGAAAGCUGCUGAUAUGAUUAAGGGGAAAGAUCACGUGGCCCAUUUAUGAGCAAAUCUUAACUGAGAAUAGCUAUACGAUACCAUCUAAACAGGCAAAAAUACCUCUACUCUUAUUCAUGUACUGUAUUGUGAUAUGGGUACUUAUAUGUACAUCGACCUGUCUGCCUGUUGACUUGAAGUGUUUGUAGUUAUUGGAUGUAUUCAGUUAUCAUGAUUUAAAUUGUAUCUUGUUAGUUAUUGGAUGUAGUUUAUUUGUAACGUAUAUGUACGUUAUUUGUUAUGCAUUAUGCCUUUCAAGAAUGAAUCUUACCUCUUCCUUGAGUACACCUGUAAUGGUUACAUUUUUCGGUGUUGAACCGGAUCAUUCUAUCACUAAAUUGGGCUUGUUGCCAACUGAAAAAGUACUUUGUUUUGGGUACCUCGUUUGUAUUAAUUACGUAAGCGUUUCAGGUAUUAUUCCUGCUUGACAGACACACUUCAGUUAUUAUUUGUUUGCUUAUGUACAUUACAUUAGAUUUCCAUGUAAUAAACAAAUACGUCGUCAUCAUCAUUAUCAAACCUUAGUCGUAAAGCAUAAUAGACACAUCUUUUUGCCAUGGGACCCUCCGUGCUUUAAGCCCACCAUAUAGGUGUUGCGUAUUAAUUAUC